AUGGUGCGGACUGUCAAGGAACUUUUCAAGAAGUCUCCAGACUGGUCCUUGGCCCUCUUGUCCUACCAAAACCCACCGGGGGUGACUGGGUACAGCCCCGCUCAGCUGCUGAUGGGGCGCAGCCCCCGGACACGCCUCCCAGUCCCAACCGCCACAUUGGUUCCAGGUUCACCUCUCGCGGCUGAUUUCCACAGGCGCGACACUGCCCAACGACGUCGCCAGCGUCAGGAUUUCGACCGCCGGCAUGCUGCACAUGCUUUGCAUCCCCUGGGGGAGGGGGAGAGAGUGUGGAUACGCGACGCAGAUUGUGCUGGCACGGUACUUAGCCCAGCACGGCGUCCACGCUCCUACGUGGUUCAUACGGAUGCAGGUGCCCUCGUUCGCAACCGAAGACAUCUGGUACCGCAGCAGUCUCCACCAACGGGUGGUUGCGACCUCAGCAGCUCUGGUGCAGAACCGCAGGAAUCCCAAAGUCCACCACGGUUUCCAUUUCGCACAGAGCCUGCGUGCAGCAGUUCCACUCCCAGGGCAGCUAGUUCUCUACCAGUUGCAUCGCCACAGGGAUCCCCUGCUGCUCCCUCAAGACUGCCUGCGUCGGGUGUGCGCACUAGGUCCGGACGCUGCGUUAGGCCACCGGUGCGGCUGAACUUGUAUUGCACCAUGUGGCUUAGGUCGUUCAUUACGUUCCUUCGGAGCUAA